AUGGAGUGUGUGUCUUUGGUGGAGUAUUUUGUGUUAGACCAAGGGGAAGAAAUUGGGCAUAUUAAACCGGAGAGGGGGCUGAGGCAAAGUGACCCAAUUUCCUCAUACUUGUUUAUCAUUGUGACAAAGGGGUUCAAUGCGAUGAUAAGAGACUAUGAGAGGAGUGGUAAACUUCAUGGUAUCUCAGUUGCAAGGAAUGCCCAGUUGAUUAGCCAUCUUUUCUUCGCAGAUGACAUCUUUAUUUUCUUCAAGGCUAAUGUAGAGGAAGCAAAAGAUUUGAGACACCUCCUCCAAGUGUAUGAGAAGGCAACUGGACAGUGUAUGAAUAUGGAAAAAUCUACUCUUGCAUCCAGUGGUAAUACAACUUUGGAUAUGAGGAAUAGGUUGGGGACUAUACUGCGGAUUCAACAAGGGAGUGGUAUGGGCAGGGAGAUAUUAAUGAAAACUGUCCUCCAAGCACAACCCACGUAUGCCAGAGGGGUUUUCUUAAUGCCCAAAGUUCUUGUUAAGGAGGUAGAGAAUGUUAUGAAUUCAUAUUGGUGGAAAGGUGGUGGAGGCAACAAUAGAGGCAUCAAUCGGAAGCCAGGGAAACAUUUAUACAUACCCAAAAAAUGGGGAGGUCUUGGCGUUAGGAAUCUCUAUGAAUUCAACCUCGCUCUUCUUUACAAACAGGCUUUGAGACUUUAUCAGAAUCCUGAUUCUCUAGUUUCUAAAGCUAGGGGGUUGUUUACUAAAUUCUUUCGUAAAUGGAAAUAG